UAGAUUUUUAAAAUAAAUAUAUUUAUAUUUUAAAUAAAAAGAUAUCAAAAGAUAUUAUGAUUAAAGUAUUUUAAAGAUUCUAUGUAUUAUUAUUCUUAAUAAAAUACAUUUAAUAAGAUUUCUAAGUGAUGGUCCAAAAAAAAAAAUCACACAUGAAAGAAGUCAUGACUUCUCUUUUAAUAUAUAAGAUGUGUAAAAAGGUAGCACUUUAAACCUCAGUGCUUAAAAACUCACACUUCAAACCAAUUAUAUUAACACAUUAAACCUUGAAACUAACUGACUUCUUUACCAAGCAAAAAUGUGACUGGUACUGUUCAUCCGUGGGUAAAAAGGUAUGACGUGUCAGUUGUUUUUUUAAUUAAUAAAUAAUAAAAAUAUUUAAAAUAACAAAAAAUAAAAUUAAUUUAAAAAUCAGAGAUAAAUGCAAAAAAAAACUCAAAAAAAAACUUUAAAAAUAAAUGAAUAAAUUUAAAUUUAUUGAUAAAUUAAAAGUAAAUUAAAAUAUCAAAAAUAAAUUAAUAAUUUUUUUAAUUAACUAACAAAUUAAAAUAAGACAAAAACAAAAAAAACUCUAACAUAAAUCCAAAAAUAAAAAUAAAUUAAAUUAAAAUUUAAUAAUAAAUUCAAAAUAAUUAAAAAAAAAUCAAAAUAAGUAAAUAAAUUCAAGAAAUGCUAGUGAAAACCAUGACAAUGUAAGAAGAUAACACAUUGGUGGUGAUUUCUGAUAUAUCAUGUUUAAUGGUGAUGAGUUUAAAGGAUGAUAUGUCAAAGUCCAUCAACAUCAAGGGUCAUAUUUCAGAAAUAGUUAUUAUUAAUAUAUCGGAAAAGGGAUAGGAAAAUUGUCACAUAUAAAAAAUAUUUUGAAAAUUUUUAGUUGCGUAUAUUAAAUUUUGGGAUUUAUUUGCUUAUUUCGAUUUUUUUUUGAUUUUUUGAAUUAUAUUUAAGUUUAUUUUAUUAUUUUUUAGUUUUUAAAAUUUAUUUUUAUUUUUGUUUAUUUAUUUUAAAUUUUAUUUUUUAUUAUUAAAUUAUUAAAUUAUUAAAUUAUAUUGAUAAAUUUAGAUUUUAAUUCAUUUUAAUUUUAUUUUAAAUUUUAUUUUAAUUUAUUUAUAAAUUUCAAUUUUUAUGUAUUUAUUUUUCUAAGAAUUAUCUCUGUUCAUUUAUUUCUGAUUUUUAAAUUAAUUUUAUUUUUUUGUUAUUUUAAAUAUUUUUAUUAUUUAUUAAUUAAAAAAAACAACUGACACGUCAUACUUUUUUACACACGGAUGAGCAGUAUCGGUCACAUUUUUGCUUGGUAAAGAAGUCAGUUAGUUUCAAAAUUUAAUGUGUUAAUAAAAUUGGUUUGAGGGUUUAAAGUGUGAGUUUUUGAGCACUGAGGUUUAAAGUGCUACCUUUUUACACCUUCAUUGUUUAAAAUGCAAUUUUUCCUUAAAUAAUUUGUAGUUCUAAGAAUUAUAAGUUAUCAUGGUUUGUACUUUAUUUUUAUACAAAUAAUUUUACUUUUAUUGAACUGAAUUUAUAAUAUCUGAAUCCAAUUUAAGUGGAUUAGUUAAAUGGACUUCUGGUUGUUAAAAAAAAAGGGCUUCUGAAAAGUCAUUCAUCAUUCUUAAACCCACGUUAGGUGAUUAAAAUAUCUGAAUCCAAUUCAUCAUUUAUCGCGUUUAAGACCAACAUUCUGCUGCUCAUCUAUAUUAAGAGUAUAAACCUUAAUUUUGCAGCUAAUUUGCAUCGUUAAUUAUAUAAAUCAAUUUCAAAAUGAAAUACAACAAAUUCUAUUUUGGAACAAAAUUUCAGAGAAAUAUCAAUUAAAAAUGUUUCAUUUACAAAAAAAAAAUGCUUAGAAAGAGAAUGUGAUAACUGUUUUUGGUCGAGAAAAUAUAAUGUGGUUAGAGUUUUGAAAUAAAUAGAUACGUUUAUAUAAACAGUUUUUUUUAAAGUAGGUCCAGUGGCAAUAGAUAUAAUAUUCUAGGGUACACUAAGGGAAAAUAAUAAGAAUGAUCCUAAAUUAAUAAUACUGAUUCUGUUUUUUCUAGGCAAAACUAGAAGGUUUAGUGGAACAAUCAAAAGGGUUAUAAUUGGUGGCGGAGGAGCCAUCUGCACUGUUCUGGCUUUCACCAUCUUAUGGUGGUGCUGGAAGAUAAUGCAGAAGCCAUCAGGAGCAACUGAUUUGCUAAUCGACGGAGAUAGAACUGACUCGUACGAGGUUGUGGCAGCUCGAGUUCAACGGAUAGCGUUUCUAACUAUAGCUGAAGCAACAAACGACUUUUGUGAUUCAAACAUACUUGGCAAAGGUGGAUUUGGUACAGUUUACAAGGGAAAAUUAGUUGAGGGGACAGAUAUCGCUGUGAAGAGACUGACCAGAAUGUCAGAUUCGGGAACCUCUCAGUUCUUGAACGAGGUGAAUUUAAUUUCAGAACUUCAGCACUUCAAUGUUAUUAGUCUACUUGGGUAUUGUUUCCACAGUGACGGGCACAUAUUGGUGUUCGAGUACCACGCAAAUCGAAGCCUUGAUUUGUAUUUCUUUGGAAGUACCGAAAGCUCUAAGCUAAGUUGGAAAAUAAGACAUAAAAUAAUUAAAGGAAUCGCAAGAGGAAUGACGUAUCUCCACCACGAUUCAUGUGUAACGAUCAUCCACCGAGAUUUGAAAGUAAGCAACAUCUUGCUUGAUAAAGAUAUGAAUCCCAAAAUAUCGGAUUUUGGGAUUUCUCGACUAGUUAGUAGAGACCAUAUCCAAACCAACACAAAGAAGGUAUCUGGAACCCGGGGAUACAUAGCUCCCGAGUGCUGGUCUGACAAGAUAUUCACAAAAAAAACUGAUGUCUUUAGUUUCGGAGUUGUGAUUCUUGAAAUAAUAAGCGGCAAGGCGAACUAUAAGUUCACCAACUCUAAGGGAGAGACUAGUCUCCUCACAUGCAUGUGGAGGAACUGGGAAGAAGAAAGCUUGCUUGAGGUAGUUGAUCCAUCCAUUAUGUAUUCAUCAUCUUCACCGUUAACAAUGAUUCAGAUCGUUCGAUAUACCCAAAUUGGUCUGUUAUGCGUACAAAAUAUUCCACAAGACAGACCUACAAUGUCCUCCCUUGUGGUAAUGUUUGAAAGUUCAACCGAACUUCCUCGUCCUAAACCUCCCGUUUAUUUUAACAGUGACACUACAUACAGUACUUUUGAGAUCGGUUCUACAUCUAUGUUAACAACAAUGUCCUCCCUUGUGCGUACAGAAUAUUCCACGAGACAUACCUACAAUGUCCUCCCUUGUGGUAAUGUAAGAAAGUUCAACAGAGCUUCCUCGGUCUAAACCUCCAGAGACAUACAAUACUUUUGAGACCGGUUCUACGUCUACGUCGACCACACGGCCAACCAGCAAAUAUCAGUCAACUAUAGAACCUAGCUAAAGUUGACAUGUUUUAAUUUUCUUUAUAUCAAUAAACAUCAUGUAUGUAUUUUGUUGGAUACGGAUCAAACUUGUCUAUUUGAGUGAAGUUCUGUACGGUAAUAUUAUUGGUAAGUUGUUACAAUGGAAGUUUCCACUUCCACGUCUAAUAAUGAGCUAAUAUUCUAAGAACGA